CGGAAACUAAACAGAGCAGCGCGCGGCGGCAGGAAGGAGACGCUUCUGAAAUCAAUCAAUCAAUCAGGCUCAUGGACUACAGCUGGUUACCCUUGGUUACAGCAUGGAGCACUCUGAUUGGACAGAAGCUUCACUGACUCCAGGUCUUCAGGAUGUCAGAUUCUCCUGAUGAAGCAGACUCAGUGUUGAUCAUGUGACCCUGAAACCAUCAUCACCUGAAACCAUCAACACCUAAAACCAUCAUCACCUGAAACCAUCAACACCUAAAACCAUCAUCACCUGAAACCAUCAUCACCUGAAACCAUCAACACCUGAAACCAUCAUCACCUGAAACCAUCAUCACCUGAAACCAUCAUCACCUGAAACCAUCAUCACCUGAAACCAUCAACACCUGAAACCAUCAUCACCUGAAACCAUGAAACCAUCAUCACCUGAAACCAUCAUCACCUGAAACCAUCAUCACCUGAAACCAUGAAACCAUCAUCACCUGAAACCUUCAUCACAGAAACUGAAUAUCAGUGUUUUUUUCUAUUGAUUUUAUAGAUUUAAGUAAUUAACUGAAAUCAAUCAAUAAUAAAGUUGAUCAGUUUUACCUGUGCCCAUGUGACAGGAUGUGGGCGGAGCCUCAGCCAGGUCCGUCCAGGUCUCAGCCCAGCAGGCAGGGUUACUGUGGUUACUGCAGAGUCCUCUACAGCAGCCUGGACCAGCACCUGUCCAGUCUCAGACACCUGGAUUCUGUCCGGGUCUCCUUCCGGGGCUCCAGCAGCGUCUCCCCAGCCGGCAGCAGAACCAAACUAACCCUGCUGGACCGUUUCCUGCAGGACGUCCAGCAGCACCACCCGCACCUCUACGGUGACUCCAGGCCGUCUCACGCUGACCUCCCAGCAGUCUCCACCCGUCCGUUGCCGAGGGAGGAGCUUGAUGAAGUCCGUUUCCCUGACGACAACAGCCGGUCGCCGGGGACUCGCGAACACCUGCCGAGCUCCGACGACGCGUGCAGUCAGCCGUCCAAUCAGCAGGAAGAGGAAGUCCCCUGCAGCCAAUCAGCAGGCGGAAUCACAGAUGGGGCGAGGCAGGAGAGGCUGUCUGCACCAAUCAGAGAGCAGGAGGGAGGAGAGGCCCCGCCCCCACACAGGAAAGCCCACAGGAAGACGGACAAGAGGAAAACCAGCGACUCCUCCAACUCCUCACCUGGUCCUGGUCCAGGGCCCCGGGGCCCCUCAGAGCUGAGACCCUGGAGGAAGUGGCAGAAGGAGAGACGGGACCAUGAAGACCAGACCAUGGAGGAGGUCCAGGUGUGUUGUGGUUCUGGUUCCGGCCAGCAGGAGGAGACGGAGAGUUUCCACUUCAGUCCUCAGAGCGAAGACUGGGACUCACCUGUGCAGGUGUGUUUCCAAGGGGAGCAGACGCUUUGUGACACACCUGUCCAGGUGAACCUGGAGGCCCGGGUGAACCUGGAGGCCCGGGUCAACCUGGUGAACCAGGUGUAUUCCCACCAGCUGGCCUCGGCCCUCCGCAGUGAGCAGAGGGGGGGGGGGCAGGACGCAGGUUUCUGGAACCUGCCCAUCGAAGAGGUCUUACCUGUACCCAGAUAUAUCCCAGAAUCCUUCAGGAGGAAGAGCUGGGCUCAGGUAGAACAGGAAGACGAGCUGAGGGUCCAAAAACUGGUCCGACAGUUCAGGCGAGGAAGAUUCAUCUGCUACUUCGACAGCGAGUCUCUGGCCAGGUACGGGAGGCGGAGCCUGAACAAAGAGGCGGGGUCAGAUGCUGGAGUCCUUCCCUUAUUGGACGAGGAUGAAGGAGCCUCAGUGAGGAAGAGGAGGAAGAGGAGGAGCUUCAGAGUGGCGUCCAGGUGUCAGGUGGUCAAAGUGAGUCACAGCACUCAGACGGUGCAGCUGGUCGUUCCAGCUGUCCGUCAGCCAGAAGCCCCGCCCACCGGCAUCCCUCCAGCCUAUCAGCUGGCAGCAGAGAGGACACCUGAAGCGCAGAGCUGGCUCCGCCUCCCGUCCUCCUACUGUGACAUCAUCACGCCGCUGCAGCCUCGCACCUCUCUGCUCUACCUGCUGUGUUCCCCCCCCACACCUGACCCCGCCCCCACACCUGACCCCGCCCCCACACCUGGCCCAGGCUCCGCCCCCAAACGCUGCAGGAGGAAGCGGCGUCCGCUGGACCUCCAGGGGUUAAAGGUCAAAUACAAACGUCUUCCUGUGCGUUUCUAUGAGCUGAGCAGUAAGCGCAUCCUGUCCCGCCCCCCCGCCCCGCCCCCACACAUGGCCCCGCCCCCUCCCUGCGUACGCCAGCUGUUCCGUAGUCUGAGUCCAGACCUGAACACCGAGGGGGUCAAAGGUCAGCGGUUCCUGCAGGAAACGCCCCCAGCCCCCCCCUCCCCUGUGUGGGGGGGGCGGGGGCCCAGGACCAGAUCCAGGACUCAGACAAAACCCCCCCAACCCAGAAGGGAAGGCCUGCGCCCCCCCCAAACACACCCCCCCCCUUCAGCCCGCAGGGGGCGGAGCCGCAGGGGGCGGGGCUACGGCCGGAGGUAGCACACCUGGACAGGAAGCAGCCUCGGUAAUAAACUAACGGUGCGUUCACUUGUCAUGUAAAAGUCGGGACGUUUGAUGACCAAAGAAUAUUAAAGAUGGAUCCGUCUCCAUGACAACGCUCACUGGGUUUAACAUUAAUUAACUUAUAAUAAAUUAAUAAUUAUUCAUUCAGACUAAAAAUAUGAAAAUGUGCAAAAACUGCAAAAUAUAUUUUAAAACUAAUUUAAACCAAAAUAAAAGUUAAAAACUAAUUAUGUUAAAAAUGGAAAUUCAACAUUUAAAGAUGUAUUAAUGUAUCUGUGACAUCAUCGAUGCAUCAAAUCAAUUAAAACUUUAUAUGAAACAUAAUAAUCAGUUUAUUAAUGAGGCUGCUGCAACGUUUAUUACUUUAUUACUUUAUUUCUCAUCAGAAGUAAAAUUAGAAACUUUUAUUUGAAUUUUAACUUUUUAUUUUUUUUAACAUGACAUUUUAAAUUAAUUUGAACAAAUGUUGAAAUCUGAAUGAAAACUAUUUUUACACAGAUGUAAAGUUUGAUGAAAUGAUUUUACUGUAAUGUUGGCAGCUGCAGGCUUCCGUACACUAAAAGACUUCAGGUGCAGUUGUUUUCUACUUUUACACGUUUAUUUAUAAAUAAAAUACUUUCAUAA